UGAAAUACUCUGGACUGAUUUGAGCUCAGUGUAAGAUUACGUAACAUCUGACUAGUAAUCAGAUGUGCUUGGAGGGUCAGAGAGGAUUAUUUAAUACUCGGCAGCUUUUCCAUCUUAAGUGAGAAUAUUGGUUCUCAAAGAGUAACAUAACAUAAUACAAAUGCAAGUACUCAUUACUUGGGGAGGAGCAUGGCAACAAACACAUGACUUUAGUAUGACAAACAACACAAAGCAGACAAAUGUCAUGGAACGGAUGGAGCAGGGCGACCAAAUGCAACUUGGACCAGGGUUUAUUGAGCAAACUCAAAAUGGCAAACUGAGACAAAUUAACAAAACAAUAACUGGACUGACUGACCGGUACGUGAGACAAGAAGACUACAGACGUGACGACAACAGACGUGACGACAUCAAUGAUCCAACGGGUGUGAGGGGCAGACAGGACUUAAAUACAAAACAGGUAACAAGAGGCAGGUGACUGUGGUUACAUGGAUUGAGGUGACACAGGAGGGGAGGGGCGACGCGAACAGAAACCAUGGUAACAGACACAAUAAAGCAACAGGGGACGAAUCGUGACAAGAAAGACCAAAUAGUGAAGAGCAGACAAAUUUUACAUGCAUUUCAUGAGCGAUAAUAUCUGCAUGAAAAAACAGAAUAAAUAUCUAAACUAUGUAAUUACAGGGGGGAAUGCCAUUCCUUUGUCAAAGUAGUUGUUUGAUGUGUUUGUGAAGCAAGUGGACUAGGAAGUGCAAGAACAAAGAGAACAAAGCCUUUAUUUGAGUAAAGAGUAAAAACCACAAACAACAAAGUCAGAUAGAACAACUCGUUUUAUUAACAACCGCAACUGGAACAAAGCACUGUAUAUAAAUACAAAAGAAAAGUCUGGCAGUGAGACACAAAUUAAGAGUAGCGCCCCAUGUUCAAAAUUAAGACCCUAUUCAAGACCUUUUGAGAGUGACAUGUAAAGGAGACCACAAGAUGUGUUGCCUUAUAAAGCACCAGAGCAGCCUUAAGAAGCACUAAGCAGGGUGGAUGCAUGGAAUACAGUACACAAGAAAUUAGUAUUUUUUAAUUGCAGAGACCCAGCUGGAUUAAGACCUUGGAACACUUCAAUUUGGCCUGCUGCCUUAAGCUGUUUUACAAGUAGCUUACAUUGCCCUCUCCAAGUAGUUUUCACAUUCCUACCCCAUCUGCAGCCCAAGACCCUCAAUGGUCAAUGCCGAUGCCUCCUUCAGCUCCAGGCAGGAGCUCCUUGACCUUCGUAGCCUCCCACUGAGCAGGGGUCCCUCUCUGGACACCCCCAGCCCUGAGGACUCUCACAUAGACAACCUCACAGACUCGGAACCCAGACGCAUCGAUGGUCCGGUUCAACCAUGUAUUCUCACUGGAGUUUCAAGCUUUCCGGGACAGAUUUAUCAGGCGCAAACGUCCCUUUGCGCAGAGUCACAGAUUAGAUUAAAUCAAUCCGCCACAGACUCGGAUCAGCUUUGCGGCUGGGGGGCUCUGACGCCCAAAGCUAUCCAAGUCUUCAACACUCCUCGUUGGGUGUUGUUUUUCCUGUGCGUGGCCUCUUUCCUCCAGGGGAUGAUUAUCAAUGGCUUCAUCAACACAGUGGUGACAACCAUCGAGAGACGCUUCGACCUACCAAGCUACCAGGCGGGCCUCAUUGCCAGCACCUACGACAUAGCGGCAUGUAUUUGCUUGGCCUUUGUCAGCUACUUUGGCGGGACGGGCCACAAGCCUCGCUGGCUCGGUUGGGGGGUGCUUCUCAUGGCUCUGGGUUCUCUCAUCUUCGCCUUGCCUCACUUCACCACGCCACCUUACCAGGUCAGCCUGUCCAAGCAAAGUGGAAUGUGCUCUGCCAACCGGACCAGCCCUUGCCAGUACCAAGAGGGAGGCGGAUUGUCCAGCUAUCGCUUUGUGUUCAUGCUGGGACAAUUUCUCCACGGUGUGGGCGCGACACCCCUUUACACGCUGGGAGUCACGUAUCUGGAUGAAAAUGUCAAGUCAAAUUACGGGCCUGUUUACACUGGGAUAUUUUAUACUGCAGCCAUUGUAGGUCCAGCAGCAGGUUAUCUACUCGGGGGUUACUUCCUCAACAUUUACACUGAGAUCAACCUUACGACAGACAUGACUCCAGAGAACCCUCUGUGGGUUGGUGCUUGGUGGAUCGGCUUCCUACUAGGAGGAGCAGCAGCUCUUUUGGUGGCGUUCCCCAUCCUGGGCUACCCAAGACAACUGCCAGGCUCUCAGGAGCACAAGGCCAUGCGGGUGUCUGAGGCCCACCAGCUCAAAGACGGCAGUCACACCACAGCUUCAGACCCUCAGUUUGGAAAAUCAGUCAAAGACAUGCCAAAAUCUGUGCUGCUCCUCUUAAAGAAUCCCCCUUUCUUGUUUUUGUGCUUGGCUGGUGCGACGGAGGCCACCCUCAUUGCUGGCAUGUCUACAUUUGGUCCAAAAUUCUUAGAGGCUCAGUUUAGCCUCAGCGCAUCUGAAGCUGCCACAUGGUUUGGUUACAUGGUGGUACCCGCGGGAGGAGGGGGCACGUUCCUGGGAGGCUAUAUCGUAAAAAAACUGAAGCUCCGCUGCCGAGCCAUCAUUCGUAUUUGCAUGCUCUGCGCUACGGUCAGUCUGAUGGCCAUCUUCAUCUUUCUCAUCUACUGCCCCAAUGUGCCAUUGGCCGGAAUCACCGCGCCAUACCAGUCUGCUGUCAAGAGCCCCAAGGACCAGUUCAAACAGCUCAAUGUUCUACCUAGUCAUCUGGGUCCAAGAAAUAGCAGCUCUUCUGUAACAGAGAGCUUGACAGUGAGCUGCAAUGAAGGUUGUAGCUGUGUCUGGGAGUUGUACAACCCCGUCUGCGGUGCGGAUAACAUCAUGUAUUACUCACCCUGCCAUGCUGGCUGCACCUCCGUCAACCACACUGAGGACUCCACGGGCAAAAAGGUGUACUCCGGAUGUAGCUGUGUGGUUGUGGCUAAUGCCUCUUUGGACCAGAAUGGAUUCGCUAUGGCAGGAAAGUGUGGCAGCAGAUGCCAACACAUGUCAGCCUUCCUCUCAUUCUUUUUCAUCAUCAUCUUCUUCACCUUCCUCUGCAGCAUCCCGGCGCUCACUGCCACACUCAGGUGUGUGCCAGACAGUCAGAGAUCCUUCGGGCUCGGCAUCCAGUGGAUUGUGGUGCGCACAUUUGGGGGUAUUCCUGGACCUAUCGCAUUUGGCUCCAUGAUUGACAUUUCCUGCUUACUGUGGCAAGAUCAGUGUGGAGAGCAGGGCUCCUGCUACCUCUAUCAGAACUCAGCCAUGAGCCGAUACAUGCUCCUUGCUGGGGUCAUUUAUAAGGUUUUGGGGACAAUCUUCUUCUUACUGGCCAGCAUCUUGUACAAGGCUCCUCCAGAAUCACCUCAGAGCAGCCGGGAAAGCAGUGACCAUGAAACUAGCGACAAGAGCAACUUUCCCGUGAAAGAGCUUGCUGCAGACGGUGUCAUCGUCAACCCACAUGCCAGGUUGUGACACCGGCGACUCAUCUGCGGAGUCUUGGUUUAAGUGGCCGGUGCUUCUUCUUUGAUACAUUCAGCCAUAGGGAGGUUAUUGUUCCCCAACAUUCAAGAGAAACUUCUCUCUCUGUUCUUCGUUAUCAGUUCCACAGACAUACAUCAUCUUUAAAUGACAAGUUAAAGGCAAAGAAAGUGUACUCACUUGAUAUAAAGCAUGAGGAGUGCAUGAAUGCUCAGAAGAGAAUAGAAGUCAAGUCCUUUGCAAUACCAAAUGUUUUCCACCACA